CUAAGCGUGGCACUGGGGCUUGUAAACGUCGAGAGUAACAAGGAGAUCGUCUAGAAGCGUACUGAACUGCAGUCAUUAAACAGCGACACCGCAUGCACUGCAGACUAUAGGCAUAGGUGCCACAUAUAUACUACUCAGCCUGCAGCGGAGCUCACCCCAACCCCCUCGCGGGAUAGCAGCAUCACUUGAAGGUCUGCUCGGCAGCGGCCACUGCAAGCAGCUGCUUCUCCAGCUUGCCAGAUGAAGCGGGAGCGGGAGGACGAGCAGGGGAGCGCCCCGCCGGAGGCGGACGCGGCCGCGGAAGCGGCCACGGAGGUGGAGCCGGGGCCGGGGCCGUCACCGGCCAAGCGCCAGCGCGCUGACGGCGCUGUUGAGGACGCGGAUGCUGCAGCCGCGGCGGAGGUCGCAGUGAAGACGGAGCCGGAGGAGGCGCAGUCGGUCAAGUGGCAGCGCGCGCUGGACGGCACCGAGUACAUGCCGGGGCUGGUGGGGCUCAACAACAUGAAGGCCAACGACUACAUCAAUGUGGUGAUGCAGGCCUGCGCGCGCAUCACGCCCAUGCGGGACUUCUUCCUGACCCCCUCCAACUACGCCUCCUGCCGCAGCCCGCUGGUGCAGCGCUUCGGUGAGCUGCUGCGCAAGAUGUGGAACACACGCAACUUCAAGGGGCAGGUGUCGCCUCACGAGUUCGUGCAGGCGGUGCGCAACGCCAGCAAGAAGCGGUUCACCGCGGAUGCGCAGGCCGACCCGGUGGACUUCUACUCCUGGCUUCUCAACCACCUGCACCUGGACCUCACCGGCGGCAAGACCAGGAAGCCGUCCAUCAUCACACAGUGCCUGCAGGGCGAGCUGGAGGUGACGACUCUGGCGGGCACGGGCAAGGGCACCCGGGCGGCGGAGGCGGGUGAGGACGUGACGGAUCGGGUUCCCUUCCUGCUGCUGGGGCUGGAGCUGCCGCCGGCGCCGCUGUUCAAGGACGUCAUGGAGAAGAACAUCAUCCCGCAGGUGCCCAUCUUCCACAUCCUGCACAAGUUCGACGGCGCCACGGUGACCGACGACAUCCGCGCCGGCCGCCGCCGCUUCCGCAUCACCCGCCUGCCGCGAUACCUGGCGCUGCACUACCGCCGCUUCACCAAGAACAACUUCUUCAUCGAGAAGAACCCCACGCUCGUCAACUUCCCGGUCAAGAACCUGGAGCUACGCGACGUGCUGCCGCUGCCCGAGCGGCCGGCGGCGGCGGGCGGCGCGGCGGCGGGCGCGCCGCACGCGGACGCCUUCGCGCUGUCGUCCAAGUACGACCUGGUGGCUAACCUGGUGCACGACGGCAAGGCGGGCUCGGGCAGCUACCGCGUGCACGUGCACCGCCGCGUGGAGGACAUCUGGUACGAGGUGCAGGACCUCACCGUCACAGACAUCCUGCCGCAGAUGGUGGCGCUCAGCGAGGCAUACUUCCAGGUGUUUGAGUUGAAGCCGGACGUGAUCGCGGGCCCCGCGGGGCCGCCGCCGCCCGGCGUAGCGGCGGGAGGAGCGGCGGCGACGGCGGCGGCGGCGGCGGGAGGAGCGAGGACGGUGGCGGCGGCGGCGGCGGGGGCCAUGGAGACUUCGUGAUGGGGAGAGGGUUGAAGCUUGUGACUUCCGAGUAAGUGGUGUGUAGGCUGUGGAAGCAGUUGGGUUGGGACGAUGCAGGGCGGUCAGCUGGUCAGGUGUGGAGUUGGCGGCGGAAUGCGGCAUGCUUGCAAUGGUGGGAUGGCUGCGAAGCAGACGCCGCGAAGAGAAGACUUGUUACGCCCGAAUGGGCUCGCCAUGGCGAAGGACCCGAUGGUCACGGGAUGCUUGGGAUGGGCGCGGCCCGUGGCAGAAUUGCAGAUAUCAAGCGUAGAAAGAGCGGGCGAGCUGGCGGGUCACUUGGCAGUGCUGAGCAGUGGCGGAGGACGGAAGGAACUUCAUGUAGCUCGCACAGACUGUCGGCUGCAGGGUCGCAGGGUUGAGCUGGGCGUUUCACAUGUCGGCACGGGCAACGUGUAAACAGCAACGAGCGGGCUUAGGGCAUCAGGCGGGGGGCGGGUGUAUGUGGGGGUGACCGGGGACCGUGCCAGGUCGUGGCCGAUGGAGGGCCCCGCGCCCGCGCCUUUUCGUGGAGUCGGUAGUUGCUAGAUACGUAGACUGAUGCAACCCUGCAUACAUUUGACCACGACAAACUGAGAGAGCACGCAAAUAACCGCCUGUUCAUCAAUACACUCUUUCAAUCCACGGGGAGGGAACGCCGACUUGAACAAGUUACACGCACGAGUUACAAGGCGUCCAAUCCUUAUUGCUUGAAC